AUGGCUGAAGCAACUCGUGGACGAGGUGGAUUUGGACGCGGUCGUGGAGAGAGAGGUAGGGGACGCAGGGGUCCUCGUCGUGGCGCUCGCAAAGACGAUGAGAAGGAGUGGGUCCCGGUUACCAAGCUCGGACGUCUCGUGAAAGACGGCAAAAUUAAAUCCAUGGAAGAGAUUUACCUCUUCUCUCUCCCCGUGAAGGAAUUCCAGAUCGUCGACUUUUUCCUACCGAAACUCAAGGAUGAGGUCAUGAAAAUAAUGCCUGUGCAGAAGCAGACUCGCGCCGGUCAGCGUACUCGCUUCAAAGCCUUCGUUGCCAUCGGUGACUUUGACGGUCACGUCGGGCUUGGUGUCAAAUGUGCAAAGGAAGUCGCGACCGCUAUCCGGGGAGCGAUUAUUCUCGCCAAACUUUCCAUUAUACCUGUCCGAAGAGGAUACUGGGGUGCCAAACUCGGUGAACCACACACCGUUCCGUCCAAAGUCAGCGGCAAAGUCGGAUCUGUUAUGUGUCGUCUAAUUCCGGCUCCGCGAGGGACUGGUAUUGUCGCUGCCCCGGCGUCGAAGAGAUUGCUACAGCUGGCUGGUAUUACAGACGUAUAUACUCAAUCAACAGGAUCGACGGCAACGAUGGGUAACUUCUUGAAGGCGACGUUCGCUGCGAUCACAAGAGCAUAUGGAUUCCUUACACCUGACUUGUGGCGCGAGAUUCCUUUGUCGAAGCUGCCAUACGACGAGUAUAGCGCACAUCUACAGUUGGCGGCGGGUGGAAAGAAGUAUUAG